CUGCCGAUCCCAUGUCGGAUGCCAUGGAGAAGCUCGAUCUCCGCGUCCGUUACGUCUUCUACUUUCCACCCGACGACGACGAGGGCAUCCGCAUCCGCUUUGGUACCAUGAAGAUGCGCAUCCUGAAAGGCUCUGGUCGCCGAGUUGCCUUUGCCUCGGACGUCGGACUCAAAGGGCUUGGAAGCUCCGACGUCGGUGGCGCCAAGCGCGACGACAACCACCACAACGACGACGACGUCAUUGAGGACGACGAUGAUGGGGAGGAUAGUGAUGCCACUCUCUCUGCAGAGCCCGAGCUCGAGCCCAAGUCAGGCUUGCACAGUCAGCCCCCCACUGCAGCUGGCAACGCCGACGCCGACGCCGAGAUCGACGAGACUCUGGCUACGCUCCCGGUCACCCAUACGGGCGAGCCGCGUGCAGUCUCACCGACCCUGCUCGUUCCGACCACCGGCAGCAAAUCCGAGAGCGGCUCGGAUGCCACCGUUGGUGACGGUGACUCGGUUGGGGCACUGCUAAUUCCGAUGGACUGCCCGCCGCCGUCGCAGCCGUCAUCGCUGAUCCACGCUGCUUCGCACUCGGUUGUCAUCUCAGAUGAGUCGUCGGACAUUGCGCUUGGUGACAAUGACGGCUCGGUCACCGACGAUGGACAAACCGGCUCCGAUUCGGAGGCCAACGCGUCGUCCGAAGCACCGCCGCUGGUGGGCCCAGGCGCCGACUCGGAGGUGACACUUACGAUGCAUGCAGCAACGGCGUCGAUUGGCUCGGCGGCCGGUGGCGUGCCGGCGCCGCCAGCGAAGCCGCAGCGGUCGAGACGGCGAGUCAUCACCGACACGCUCGACAUGGACGACGAGAGCGAUGAGAGCGACAGCAGCGCGACCGCCGGCGGUGCUGACCGCGCCGCUGCAACCACUGAGGCUGUUGCUAUGGACCUCGUGACAUCCGACGCUGCACUCGACACCGAUGAUGAGACCACAGACGGCGGCGAGGAAGGCUCUACCACGGCCCCGGCUGACGCAAUAACCGUCUCGUCGACUGCGGCUGUCGGCACCGACCUCGCGACCUCCAACGCUGCCGUCGACAAGGAUGCCGAGAUCGCGAGCAGCGGCGCGGAAGACACUACCACUGAUUCGGUGGAUGAUGUCGCUGCUGCAGAAUCCAUCGUCAUUCUGCCGGCUGUCGAUCCUCCGCCGCCACCUGCCGACCCCUCACCUGCGCCACCGGCGUCGGUGGCAGACGCGUUUGCGGCCGUGGCAGGCGACCUCUCCACUCCCCCCUCCUCCCUCACGGUGGCCAAGCUCAAGGCCGUCUGCACCGCCGCUGGCCUCUCCACCACCGGCCGCAAGGCAGAUCUCGUCUCACGUGUUGCUGCUGCCCUCCCAGCGGCCGCUGCCCCGGCGUCCGAUCCCACGGCUGGGCCCAAGCGCAAGCGCAAGCGGUCGAAAAAGGCGUCGCCGCCUCCCAGAGCGCCGCGGGCCAAGCGGGCCAAGCGGGCCAAGCCGAACGCGCCGGCUGUGUCCAAGUCCCAGGCCACCACGACAGUGGCGGCGUCGCCAGCUGCCACUUCAUCGUCAGCGGCAAUCGCCGUCAUGCUGACCGGCAUCACUGACUCGGAGGCAGAGCGCAUGGUUGCAUCGCUCGGUGGGAGCAUGGCGACUGAGCCAGCCGGUGCCACCCACCUCAUCACCGACAAGGUUCGGAGGACGGCCAAGUUUAUGGCUUGCCUCGCGCGCGGCGUCCCCAUUGUGUCGGACAAGUGGCUCGAUGACUCGUUCCGUGCCGGCCACGCCCUCGCCGCCGACACCUACAUCCUUCGCGAUCGCCCUGCCGAGCGCAAGUUUGGCUUCAAGUUGCAAGACUCACUCGCUGCCGCCGCCGCUCAUAAUCUCUUUGGCGGCCUCUGUGUCUAUGUCACGCCCAGGACUGUGCCGCCGCCGGCCAUGCUCCACGACAUCAUCAUCGUGACCGGAGGCACGGUUUGCAAGAGCAAGGCGGCGGCGCUGCGGAGCGCGGCGACAAUUGUUGUCGCCUGCGAUGCCGACGCCGCCUUUGCCGCCAAGGCCGCCUCCAAGGGCCACACGGUUGUCUCGUCUGAGUUCGUACUCUCGGGCCUGUUGCGCUACAAGCUCGAGGCGGAGGCCUUUGCGAUGUAAAGGCCGACUCUCGCUGCUUCGACUCCGACCUUUAAUCAAGCUAGCUGUCGCGAAGCAGAUGCUCGGCGCCGUACCGCGCCGCAAAAGCGCGGCCCGAGGUAGGCAUGGUAAGCCCGGCGGUCCCGAGAUGAUGAACAAC